AUGGGAAACGAUGAGCCAGACUGGCGAAUUUUUUUAAAGGAAGCCAAGGAGCAUUGGAUCAGCAAACCAGCAGCGCAGAACCAGGGACAUUGUGACGAUGGCAAUAGACUAUAUUGUUUCGGACCGUAUGGACGAAGCGAGGGGUCUGUCCCAGGGUUCUUAGGCACCUGGGCCAACUUGGUGAAGGAUUUGGACAAGGGAGAAGAUUGGACCAGCCUAGCCAGCUCUGAACACCCUCUCGUGAAGGACAUGUUAACCCCCCGAAGGAGCGGCUAUGAAUGGAAGCACCUGUUGAUGUGUAUCCUCAAGCACGCAUUGAAUCUAAGACAAAUAACCGCAAAGUCCAAUGACUACUCAGAGACCAUCUGGACCAGCAAUCGCUGGAAUGAUGCAUUGAACAAAGGUGUGACCGAUCCGUGGAACAGUAAUAAUACAGGGAGGGGAAUGUUCAUAGCUGUCACAUGUAUCAUAAGGGCCUUAGUAGGGAACUUUAAAAGGGAGGAAGAGAGAUUCCAACAAGUUAGCCAACUCUGCCAGCAUGUCUGGGAUACAGUAGGACUAAGACUGGAAAAACCUACGGGAAGAGGCAACAAACGGGAAGUAGAAAAUCUAGAACAGUUCAUGGCGACCCUAGGGGACGACAACCAGAGAACGAGGGAUAAAAAGGCACGGAUGGGACUUUUGUUCAGUAUAUAUUAUGGAUUAGAACAGUGCGCACAGCGUUCCCGUCCGUAUGAAUUGUCAGGACUCCUGAGGACUAGUGGGUGGGACCUGAAGAAAAUAGGGAGUUGUAUUUUAACACAUGACACGUUUAGAUGUGAUGCAGGCGCAAACUCCGAAGGUAUGACGCGCCUAAAUCUCUGGAACAGAGGAGCCCAAAGCUUGCUUAGGGAGGAAACCCCAGAGCAGGCUCCUGGGGACUCCAUCAGGCUAAUCUUCGGAGAUACGCAAGCAGAAGUCCAGGCUAAGAGGGAGAAGGCCCAAAGGGCAGCCAACGAGUCAGCGAUGCGGAUGAAAAACCAACUGGAAGCUCAACAUAGCCUCCAUAGCGCUAGUCAUGUCGUAUAUGGAUCAGAUCCUCAAAACCUGCAGGUACAUACGAAGCCCUCCCCCUCCCACCAGCAGGCUGAGGCCUCGAUCCCCCUACUCAACCCCCAUUAUCCUGCACGCCCAGCGCCGAAGGUAGUAGACGAGGAAGAUGCAAAGGACUCACCCCCCAGCAGCCUCGAUAAUUUACCCCAACUGAGGGAGCUGGAUCACGAUACCAAGAAUGAGAACUCCAUUCCAGCGACCACCUUGGAAGGCGGGGUGCCAACAUCCCCUGGGGAGCAGCCCGAUGAGAAGACAAAUCAAAACAGAAACCUAUUGAGUGAUAGACUCCACACUCAGCCUAAGGAUGAGAAAAUUCCUCUCCUUCAGGGCAACACGCAGGGCGCUGUGGGUAAUAUAGUAGGGGGGAUCAUUGGGACCCUCCUGGCUCUAGGGGGCUUCUAUGGUUUUUAUAGGGUUUAUCUAAGAAGGAGGCCAAGGAACAAUCAUGAACUUCCCUUCCAGGAUCCUCUGCUGCGAAGAGAUCACGCCGAAGCUACUGGGUCGACUAGGAUCCGGAAAAGUGGGGCGGCAAUGUUGAGCCUCUCCACCGGGCAAAAGGGUGACUCCGAAGGGCCACGAGAGGAUGAUGAAGAACCUGAGGUUGCAGGGGCGGGGUAUGGGACAGUGGAUUUGGAGUUUAACGUCUCGCCUUACACAUGGAAGCGGGAAUCUGUGGACCUUGCGAUUGAAAAGGAGGACUUCGAGUUAGAGCAUCCCCCGACGCUCUGUCACCCCCCGUCCCGCGUGUAA